UGUCAAUGCCAUGUUUAUAUGAAAAAUAUCUUUGAAAAUUCUAAAUUAUGUUGCGGAAUUCUCUUAUUUAACCAAGUAUUUCAAUCAAUUUAAUAAUUUUUAAUACCUGAGAUUCUGCACCUUCUAAGUCAUAAUUUUUGUCUACUUAUUAAUUUCAAAGAACUCUUUCACUGCAUCAGGAAACAAAUGUAAAUAAGUUACAUAAGAGUAAAAUUAAUUAUUAUGUCUUCGAGGUAUAGGAUUCUCUGGAAUACCUUAUCCAGAAUUAAAUUUGAUAAGAGGCUUAUUCAGAAGUGUAAUGUACUAUUCCCUAAAGCAUUACCCAAGCCAGCUGCAAUACCAUGUACUGUUGGCUUUUCUCUGUUCACAUGGCUAGGGUUUCAACCCAAACUCAGUGCUGAAGAUGAGCUAAUCCAGACUAUAAAACACUGUGUACUUUUUAUUCAAAGAUUGCAAUACGAAAAAGCUGAACAGUUACUUCACAUUGCAUUAAGGCAGGCCCAACAGAUUCACCAUGAAAUGGGCAUAACAUACAUCUAUGAUGUCAUGGCUAACUUGGCAUUAGAAAGGGAACAACUAGACAAAGCCAAGCAGCUCUUUGUUGCAGUAACACAAAGGAUAAUGGCAAACGGAGCUACAGAAGACGAUCCUAGAGUAGUACAUCUCAGUAUCAAACUGGCCAGAAUCAGCCAUUUGAAAAAAGAAUACUCAACAGCUCAACUAGGUUAUGAUUGGUGCUUAGAAAAGUUGCGGAAAGCUAUGGGUACAAAUCCUAGUGAAGAUACUAGAAAAAUGCUUGCAAUAGCAGAGGAUUGGUGUGGACGAUUAUAUGUGGAUUGCAAUAAACUGGAGGAAGGCUUGAAGUUGAUGGUUAAUUCACUAGAUCUUAUGCAGUCUGUGGGUGAUGUGGGCCAGGAGCAUAUUGUGGUCCAGUUGAAUGAUAUUGGCACAGUUUGUGUCCAGUUAGGCAAGACAGAUGAAAGCAUUGCUUAUUUUAAACAAGCUAUAGAAGUAGGAAAGCAGCUGCCUGAGAUGGAAGAGUUAGGAACAAUGUAUGUUAAUUUAGGGAGGGCUUAUUUGAAGAAGCAAAUGGUAGAGGAAGCCAGGAAGAGUUGUGGAUAUGGGUGGAAACUGGGGGCACAAGCUAAUAAUAAAGAUAUCAAAGAUGAGGCCGAGGAUUGUAUCAAAGAAGUAAAGGGUAUGAAUGGUAUGAUGAGGUAGAAUAAGUUGUAUUAUUCUUUAACUACUUCAUUGUUGAUUAAUUUGUACAGUUAUUGUACAAAAAUAAACAAAAACCCUGAAUUGGAUUACUUAAUUGCAUUUACAACCCUCAGAAAGAAGUUACUGAAUAAGUGUUACACUACUGCUAUUUGAUAUGUGUUUCUGUAUAAAAGUGUCAGCUGCAAAUUGUAAAAAACUAAAUAUCCAGUUUCCCAGUACAUUGUAAUGCCUCUGUUGUGGCCCAGCAGUCCUACAUACUCUUUCCUUAAGAUUUUAAUUUUAACAGAUCACCUUUAAUUAUUUAUAUAUGCAUAAUUUAAUAUCCAAAAGUUUUGUAAAUACAGUAAUUAUAUAUAAAACACAAUAUUGUAAAUAUUAAAAGGUGUGAAUAAAAAACAUAAAUAUAAAGAGA